AUGAUUGAUUUGCAAAGGGUGACACGAGCACAGGUAACAGAACACAAUACUGGUAGUAGUUCAUGGAUCUGCAUCGAGAACAAAGUUUAUGACCUCACGACAUUUCUAGAUGAGCACCCAGGAGGUAGUGAAGUAUUGCUAAGGGUAGCUGGUAGUGACGCUACCGAAGCGUACGAAGAUGUCGGACAUUCUACAGAUGCCCGACUUCUGAAGGAGCAAUAUUUGGUGGCCGAAAUAGUUGAUGAGGAAAAGGUGACAUAUUCAAAUGAUAAGGAGAAAUGGUUCGAGAAAGAAACCGAUAAAGCUGGAAAUAAAAGUGAUUCAGCUGCAACGGAUCCGGUGGUAAUUAUUGCGCUAUUGGCAGUAAUAUUUGCUAUCAUAUAUUACUUCUUGUUUUAUUAA